AUCGGAGUCUUCUUCUGAUUAACUUUGAUAUCGCGAUGUGGAAAUAUACGAUACUCUGCAGUUUAUUAUGCAGUUUGGUAGCAACGGAAGCACCUGUGCAAGGUGGUAUAAAACCUACGAACGUUUUGGGUGGACCGGAACAACACGUAUCUUUUAGCUUUAUCAGGCCAGGAUUAACUCAAACAUCGUUUUCCUUCGGUGGUCCGAGCUCUCAUCAAUCUUUUAGUUCGAGUAUUGGAAAUCCUCAAUUAGCUCAAAGAGUAUUGCCAAGUUUGGCACAGGCUCUUGCUUAUAGAAAUCCUGGUUUAGGCUUUUUUCCGUUUGGACCCGUCUCUCAUGGUUAUGCAACUGCAUCAAUAGCCCCAGGUCUUUCUGCCUCUGGUCCUGUACCUUUACCGUAUCAAGCACAGUUCGAUCAGGGCGCUGCAUUGGCGUAUCUUCAACAAUUGCAACAAUUGCAACAAACACAAGUGCAAAAUUAUCCGAAUGUCGUUUAUCAAGGACAAUUGGGCCAGCUUCUUGCUCUCAGACAAGCUCAAGCUCAAGCUCAAGCUCAAGCUCAAGCACAAGCUCAAGCUCAAGCGCAACAAGUCCAAACGCAACAGCUCCCAGAGCAAAUUCAACUUCAGCAAGAACACGCACAACAACAACAUCAGCAACAACAAUCGCAAAACUUAUUGGGGGUUGCUUAUUCGUCGGCACCUUCUGUAGCACAUGUAAAGGUCAACGGAAAUGGAUACAAGUUUGAUUUUUGAAGAACAUGAUUCGACAUCAUCUUUUGUAUAUACUUAGUAAAUCAGUGUUUGAACUGUUAUAUUUUAUUUAAUAUUAUGCAUGUAUUUAUUUAUGGAUGUAUGUAUAUAUAGUAAUA